AAAACCAGUGAGGAAAGGGAUACAUUAGUUUUGGAACAAUGUUAAUGCGAAGGUGUGCAGACGAGCAAUGCUGUUGGGGGGCAGGUAGAACCGUGACGCUGUUCUGGGUGGCAGUGAUACUUUUGCCACCCAUCACGAUAAGCAACCAAACACCAGGAGUGCCAAACAACAGCCUUGCAACUGUUUCUACCAUGCAAGGAGUCAGCAAUGAUCCAUCAACAGAAGCUUCUUGUACACCAGAAGCAGAUUUUGGUUGUGUAAACUGGACAAUAGCCAACAGCAUAAAAGCAACAUGUCCUAAUUUUGAGAUGAAGAUCUGGAGACAUUAUGCACCACGGGGUCAAAAAGCAGCAGGCGACUAUACAGAAGUUAAGAAUGUCACUACUCCUGAUGAAUGUGCCAAAAGUUGUUGUUUAGAUAAUACCUGUCACUACGCAUUCACUGUUAACGUUACCUGCUACUUGCUGAACUGUGUGUAUGGCAGUUACUUGUGUGCCCCAAAUUUAUUUGCCGAAUUGGCUACAACCACGGAUUUUGCAAUGGUAUUGGUACGAGUUCCGAAAUCUACACCAUUGUCGGGAAUAACUUGCGAAGUGGGUACAGAAACUGCUUGUAAAGCACAUCAAAAAUGCAUCCCGACGAAUCACAGAUCACGAAAUGGAAUCUGUGUUUGCGAAAGUGGAUUUUAUUUCGACACGGAUAAGAAAGAGUGCUUGUUGGAGAGUGAUAACGUAACGAUUAAGACUUCUGAAAUUACGACGACUACAACGAGUACUACUACAACUACAACGGUUGCCCCUCCGAUUGAACUUACGGUGUCUGUCAAUUCCAAAAAUGUUACCCUUCCUGAGAAUGAAGUUAGUUUAUCUGCAUACGUCGUUCCUCAAGCCCCUGCAGAUCACCCAUAUUCGUAUAAAUGGACCCUUAUAUCUAACCCAGCAGACGAUACUGCAACCGUAGAGGGCCAAACAACUGACACAUUGCGGUUGACAGGUUUCAAAGAAGGGAAGUAUGUUUUUCAAAUGACAGCCAGUAACUUACAAUCAAAUGGUUCGGCUAAUGCGACCAUUAACGUCGAACGUUCAGCCGGUACAAACCAGGCUCCAAUUGCCAUUAUAUCUCCUCAAGAACAGACAAUUCAGUUGCCGACGAGCAGUGCAGUGCUGGAUGCAAGUUUGUCUACUGAUGAUGACAAAAUUAUUUCAUAUAAAUGGGAACUAGGGAAAGGGCCAAUUUUAUACACCCUAAAUCCAUCCAAAAGUCUUAACUCUUCUACCUUGCAAGUGGAAAAUCUAAUUCCUGGAAAUUACACAUUCAAGCUUAUCGUUGAGGACAGUGAACAUGUUAUAAAUUCAACGACUGCUAAUAUAACCGUGAUUAAGGAACCAGAUUAUCCACCCAGUGCGAAUCCAGGCAAAGAUAUCGUCAUUUAUCUGCCUCAGACUGCCGUCGUGCUCAACGGCAAUGCCUCCACAGAUGACAAAAAAAUUGUGGACUGGGAAUGGAAAGCAACUGGAGAACAGACGAAAGCAAUUGAUAUGCAGGAUUCUCACACGCCAUACCUCAAGGUGUCUCACUUGCAGGUGGGGCUAUACCAAUUUGAACUUAAAGUGACAGACGAAGGGGGACAAUUUAGUUCCGCUACAGUGCAUGUCGUGGUAAAAGAGGCCACAGGAAACCCACCAAAAGCUGACGCCGGGUCUGACCAAACAACAGUUUUGAACAAGCAAAAUUGGCUCAUACUUGACGGUUCCAAAAGCAAGUCCGAUAGCAAUAAAAUAACACAAUACAACUGGUCGCAGAUAAGGGGUCCGAAUAAUGCGACAAUAUCAAUGAUAGAAAAUGGCAUCAGAGUUAACGUGUCCAGCUUAACCAAAGGAGAAUACGAAUUUCUUCUGGUUGUUGAAGAUGAGUCGAAACUACAAGGAAACAGUACGGUCAAAAUCAACGUUAUCCAACGUGUCAACGAACCUCCUCAUGCAAAUGCUGGUGGCAACAUUGAUGUCAAGCUUCCAAAAUCCCUUGUUCUACUCAACGGAUCUGCUUCAAGUGAUGACGUUAAAAUUGUCAGUUGGGCAUGGGAAAGGCUACCCGAUUCCUUGGCUGCUGGUGUAAUAUUGCAGGGUUCAGAUACUGCAUCAAUUUUGCAGCUCACGGAUCUGGUUCCUGGAAAAUAUAUGUUCAAGUUGACCGUGAAAGACGAACAAGGGACUGCAGACGAAGACGUUGCUAUUUUAACCGUUGCAGGAGAAUCUCAUGAACGUGAAUUAGUCGAAGUAGUGCUAGGAGUUCAACUUAAUCAACUCACGGAAUCUGAUAAGAAUAAAGUGAUUCUUCAGUUAGCAUUACUCUUACAUGACACAAAGUUGCUUCUAAAUCAUAUUCAAGCUCAGCUUCACUCUGGAAAUGCUGUGCUGCAACUACACGGGGAAUCAAAAUUAGGAGAGAUUGUCAACGGCUCACAACUUGCAGGACAAUUAAGGCGACGUUUAUAUCAAGAUGCUGGACUGUUGCAAUUUCCAAUAUAUUCGAUAGAUACCAAACUGUGCUUGGAUAGCUGCUCAAAUCACGGGACUUGUCAGGAUACUCCAGAUGGCAGAGAAUGUGUUUGUAGUGCGUUCUGGAUGGAAAAUAUUCUCAAGAGAAAAUUUGGGAACAAGGAACGAAAUUGUGAAUGGAGUAAAAUUUAUGUGGGAGUAGUUGUAUCUCUGCUACUUACUAUGAUGUUUGCGUUGAUGUGGAGUCUUUCGUUUAUUUUCCGAAGAAACUUUAAAGCCUUAAAAGAAAACCAAAAUACUAAUUCUUCCAGCAGUCCAAGUAAUGGGAAACGCUCUUAUCACGCCAAUAAGAAACAGUAUACACUUUUGGACGAUGACGAUGAAGAAUUGGAAUUACGUACUCAAGAAGAUGAAGAUGAUGCAGAAUCCGAGGACAGUGACUCGGAUAUUCUCUUUGAAACCCAUUCUAAAAGGUCAAAAUCUAAAAAUGGCAGCUUGCUCAUGUUACCUUUAACCGGAAAUGGAAUUCGUAAUGGAAUUUUGAAAAAUUCGAGAAGAGUGAAGACUUGAAUACACCAUGAACAAAAUAGGUAGUGCGGAACCCUUUUCAUUUGACUGAACCGAGCUAGUUUUAGUACGAAUUGCUCUCUUAAAUUGUUAUUAGUUCAUAGCAAUAUUUUUAAAGCAAUGCAAAGUUUUAAUUUGUUAUGCAUACUUACUUAAUUCUGAUUAACGUCAAUAACUUUUAUUGUCAAUGUUAUGUAAACACCUCAGCUCUGUGUGUUUUAACGAAAGUCCGUGAAAUAUGUGAUUUUUAUGAUUCUAGUCAACAGCAUAAUCGCACUGUAACGAAAACAUUCCUUAUUAUUAUCUCUUUCAAAAUACUUUUUAUUUAACGCUGAACAAUUUCUGAACAAAUAAAUCUUAUUCUUACUACUACAAAAACAAAUGACUAAAUGAUUUAAUGUCCUUGUUCUAGUCGUAAAUUAAUCUGGGACUAGCUUUUCUACAUUUGAAACGGAAUUGCACUGAAAAACACUGUUGGAAUGUUGAAAACUUGUUGGAAAUUACUGAAAUCAGUUAAUAUUAUAUUCUUAUCACCAUCACCAA